AUGGAAGUAUCUUCGAUUUGUGAAUGUUCAAUUCCAGAAUCGAUGCAAAUUGUUUCUAAAAUAAGUGAAGAAAUAUGGAGUGCACUAUCAAAAGAAGAUUUCACAGCAAUUUUCAACAAAUUAAAAUCUGAUUAUCAAGAUAAACCAAAUAUUUCUCUUAUACUUUCCUCAUUUAAUGUAAAACCAAUCAAAUCAUAUCUUAAUACUAGUUCUAAUCAAGUCGCAAUUAAAAUGAUUCAGAACAAUCAAAAUGAAGAUUUCGAAAUUCUAUUCAAUAAUAAGUAUAAUAAUGGAGAAAACAUAGAUAAUGAUGAUAUAGAGCUUAAAGAAUUCAUUGAAUGUGCUGCUCUUAAAGGAAAUGAAGAAAUCUUUAGAUUCUUAAAAUUAAAUGGAAUCAAAGAAACACAACAAACUUAUAAAUACGCAAUAAUGUCUGGUAAUUUUGAAAUAAUUAAUCUUCUCUCAGAGACAGGGCAUGAUUUUGGAACAAAUCUAAUCACAGCAGUUGAAUUCAAUCAGAAUGAAAUAGCCGAUUGGAUUAUGUUAAACUAUAAAUUCAAACCAUUCGAUCCAUAUAUUUGUUUCAAAAAUUUAAACAUAAAAGCUUUUUUAUAUUGUGUUUACAACAAAAUUGGAAACACAUUGAAAGAACUUAUUCUUGCUGAAUGUUUUGAUUUAGCUUCUAUUGUAGUUAAUGAUGGAAAUCAAUUGAAACAAGUCGAUUACAUGAAUUUAAUCAAAUUAAAUCAAAAAGAUAUUGUUGAAUUUAUAUUGAAAUUCAAUUUUGAGAUUAUUCAACAUGAUAAAAAUGAUGAAAUGAAACCAUUUUUAAUUUACGCAAUUGAACAAUUCGAUACUGAAACAGUUUGUAUUUUAAAUGAUCAUGGAGCAGAUGUUAACUCUAUUCAUUCCUAUAAAGUCCAUGAUCAUGUAUAUCAAAAGUCAGCUCUAAUGUAUGCAAUCGAAAAAGUUAAUUCUGCAUUAGUACAAAGUCUGAUUAAAAAUGGAGCAAAUGUUAAUAUCAAACUUGAAAGUGAGAAAUCACUAAUCCAGUAUGCAAUCGAUGCAAAAUCAAGUGAAAUUAUAAAGAAUUUAAUUGACAAUGAUUUCGAUCUUUCUAAUUCUAAUGAUUCGCAUGAUCAAAUAUGUCAAAUUGCAGAUAUUUGUGAUUAUACAGUUAUUCAAUCAAUAUUCACUCAUUUUCCUGAAACAAACAUUUAUUAUCCAAAUUCACAAGAAUCAUUUUUACCAAAGCAUGUUGUUCAUUUUCCUGAUGAACUUAUACGUCAAUUGGUAGAGAAAUACAAAUGCAUCAAUGUUAAAUAUCAUAAUGGCAAGAAAUCUCUGUAUUAUGCAUUUAAUGAAUCUGAUGAUGUUAACAAGAUAAAACUAAUGGCUGAGCUCGGAGCUGAUAUUGAGAAUUGUUUUUCUCAAAUAGAUGAAGAACAAAAGAAAUUUUCUCAGGCAAUUCAAGAACCAAAAGAAACUCUUGAAAAUUAUAAAACAAAAACAUCUCCCGAACAUUUGGAUGCUUUACGUAACGAUGAUGAAGAAUUCAACAGUGAUUAUGAUGAAGAUAAUCUAGAUGAUUAUCAAAAUAAAACACCUUUACCAAUUACAAAAGAAUUUUGUUCAAUAAUAUUGAAUUUACUCAAAAUUAGUUAUCCAUCUUCAAAUGAUUUCAAGGUUGAUUAUGAAUCAUUUUUUGAUCAGCUUCUUUAUAAAACAGAUAGUUUCAUCAUUACUACAAUAAAUCUGAUGAUUGUGAAUGGAUUUGAUCUAAACUUCCAGAAUAGAUCAGCCAUUUACUUUGCAAAAGUACACAAUAAAAUCACUCUGCUUCAGAAUUUUUUAUAUGCUUAUCCAUUCAAUUCUCAGUCAAAGGCUCAAGUAUUUCUUAUAAUAGCAAGGCAAAUUGGUUUUGGUAGAUUUGAAUCCCUAGAAAAUAAUGAUGUAAAUAUCACUAAUAGUGCAGGACUGAACAUCCUUCAUUAUGCAAUGUAA